GAACGUUUUUCUGAUUGGUCGGAGAAGGAAUAGGCCGGUGUGCAAGCCCUCUAGCGGUCCCCCACUGAAAGCGAGAAGCCGCUGCCAUGGCGAGCGUCCACGAGAGCCUCUACUUCAACCCCAUGAUGACCAACGGCGUGGUGCACGCCAACGUCUUCGGCAUCAAGGACUGGGUCACCCCUUACAAGAUGGCGCUGAUGGUGCUGAUCGAGGAGCUGAGCCAGGCCGGGCCUCACCUCAGCCUGCUCGAGAGGCGGCGCCUCAACCGGCUCCUGCUGCCCUUGUUGCAGGGGCCUGAUAUGACGCUCACUCGAUUAAUUAAAGCGGUUGAAGAAUGCUGCCCUCAAAUAGCAAGUUCUGUUCACAUAAGGAUAAAGCUGAUGGCAAGUGGGGAACUGAAAGACAUGGAGGAAUUCUUCGAUGAGCUUUCGGAGGCGUUCAGUGGGACGGAACCUGAAGUUCACAAGACAAGUGUUGUGGGCCUCUUUCUGCGCCACAUGAUCCUGGCCUACAACAAGCUCUCCUUCAGCCAAGUGUACAAGCUUUACACAGCGCUCCAGCAGUACUUCCAAAGCGACGAGAAGAAAAACAGGCAGGAGGAGACGGAGAUGGAACUAACCCACUGUGAGGAACUGGAUGGCAAAAUGGAGAAGGAAGAAUUUGACGAGCCUCUCAGGGAGGAAGAAAUCUCUUGCAAUGGGCCACUCUCCCAGAAACAAGCAGAAUACUUUCUGUCCCAGCAGGCAUAUUUGUUGAAAAAUGACGAGACAAAAGUGCUGUCUCCAGCCUCUUUGCAGAAGGAGCUGAACAACUUGCUAAAAUUUAACCCAGAUUUUUCAGAAGCGGAUGUUGACAAGAUCCUUGGAGAGGCGAGAAUGACCAUACGCAUCCUGGACCCCUGCCCAUCCCGGCUGAUAAAGGAAGCCAGCGGGUUUGGCAGAACUAAGCUCCGCCUCCUCAUCCUCGCCCUUCGCCCUUCGCAGCAGCAGCAGCAGCAGCAGCAGCAGCAGCAGCAGCAGGGCAAGGGGCCACACCAAGGCCAGUAUUCCAUUUGCAGCAUAUCAGGAUUUUGUGCCAAAUUUGUUUGUGUCCCUUUCUUGCCUGAAACUAUCAAAGUGCAUGAAACUAACCUUUUCUGGGCUGUGGGAGACUGCAGGUCUGCCCGGGAUGCCUCCCUGGCGUCCUGGGGAGGCCGAACCUGCGCUCCCCCAAACCGCGGAUACGGAAACCCCUCGGGCCCCCGUAUCCGCGAAAUGGCGGAUUGGCUCCAUUUUGAUGGAAUAUAUUUCCUGGCUAAAUUCUAA